GUGCCACGGGGGAAGACUUUUAUCCUCACGCUUGUCUGGAACUGCUGAUCAGGGCAGAAAGCCUUCAAGGUGCGAAGACUGCGGAGAUACGGCCGGCGCCUGGUGAGGUGUCUGUCAGCCAGCGGCAAGGCCCCGAGGUGCCCAAGGCUGCCGGCACCACUGUUGCAGCACCCUUUCCGGGGAGGGAGGAGUCUGCGCCGGCGCCUGCGCCUUCGCCCUCUCCGCCCUCGACGCUCAAGGCGCCAACGACGGCUCCUUCGCCAGAAGUUGCAUCACCCAAGCAGGUUGAGGCCACGAAGGCCGGGGAGGCGCCGACAGCCGCGACAGAAACGGUCCCAGCGGCCACUGCGGCGGCAGGAGGCGAUGCGGCAAGCGGCUGGGACUCUGACGAUGACGACGACUGGCGUGGAACGCAAGCAGCUGGAAGCCCUCCGCAGGUGACGGAAACUCCGGCUGCCGACGCGGCUGCCAAGCCGGAGGGGUCCACUUCAGCGGUCGCCACGCCGCCAGCAGCGGCGCCACGCGCGACGGAAACUCCGGCUACCGAUGCGGCUACCAAGCCGGAGGGGUCCACUUCAGCAGUCGCCACGCCGCCAGCAGCGCCGCCGCGUGAUGAGCCUCUGCAAGAGAAGUCGCCCUCGAACCGGAGCACCACCUCGGACAGGCACAAGGCCGCCGCAGCCGCUAAUGCUGCAACCAAAAAGGUCUCCCGGUUCAGCCUUUGGGGAAGCGGCAGCACCAAGAGCAAGAAGUGA